AUGGCACCAAGUUCCAUCAAAACGGACAUGGAAAGCGAUAAGGUAAGGGAACUUAGGGAAGGUCUUAUUGCAGCAAAAGUUUCCCAGGGUUUAAAGCAACGUAUUCGUGCACCAUGGUCCAAGGCUCUGAUUGUGAAGGUAUAUGGGAGAACAGUGGGUUACAACUUUAUUCAUGCAAAAAUCCUAUCCUUAUGGAAUCCGGUAGGAAGGAUAGACUGCACUGAUCUAGGGAAAGAUUUCUUUCUCGUCCGUUUCUCAAUCAAGGAGGAUCUUGAUGCUGUGCUCAAGAACAGGUCGUGGUUCUUAGGAGAAAACUUCCUAUCUAUAAGACCUUGGGAGCCAAACUUCAAGCCAGCUACAAUGAUGGUAUCUUCGGUAGCCGUAUGGGUUAGACUUAACGAACUUCCUAUCGAGUAUUAUGAUUUUGAGGCCCUCCUCAUCAUUGGUCAAGCCAUUGGGAAUGUCCUGAGAAUAGACACUCAUACUGUAAUCAGAACAAGGGUUAGAUACGCCAGGCUUUGCAUCCAGGUGGAUAUUAAGAAACCCCUUGCAAAUGCAGUGCUAGUCAAUAACCUUGAACAACCUAUCACCUAUGAAGGGCUACAUAGGUUCUACUUUUCUUGCGAACAUAUCGGUCACUGGAGAGAGGAAUGUAUCUUCACGAUAAAGAAACCAUCACCAGAAAAACGAUCUGCGCCGAAAGGACAAGAAAUCCUUACCAUGAAGGAUAACAAUGCUGAGGAACUCAAGGCCAUGUGCAACGCAUGA